AUGACGAAGAUGAAGUACAUGCCUCCUCCCUCCAAGAGGCUCAGCCCCCUCGACCCUCCUUACGCCAUCAGGACGCUACAGCAGGAGCUGGAUCCGAUGGUGGAGGGGAUCCUUGCUUCCUCCGUCCAGCUGCCCAAGUCUACAACUCACGGGCAUUCAGGAAGGCCCCUGUGCGAGCCGAUGAUCACCCCUCACUCUCCCCAGACCAACAACGGGUACGCUCGCAACUCUCUAGGAGGAUUCUUCACCACGUGA